AUGGACUUAUCCGAAGAUCGUAUUCGUUCCCUCCCCCAUCAAGAACUUGUUCUCCAUUUCCUUCAGAUGCGUGAAGAAUACAAUGAAUUCCAGUCGAGUUCAUCGGAAAUCGAGAAGAUGAUGGAUGCCGAGUUGGAUGAGUUGAAGACGCAUUUGAAGAAGGCCGAGACUCGAAUCGGUCAGAUGACAACUGAGCAGAUGAGGAAUAAGGACCGCCAGGACGAGUCACGUACCCAAUUUGCACAAGUGGAAGAGCAAUUGAGACGAGAGAACUCCGAACUCCGACAUCAAUGUGAACGUCAAAAAGAGCGAAUUCUGAAGUUGGAGCAACGGAACGACGUAUUGGAGAGAUCAGAGAGAAAUAAAGAGUAUCUGGCGUCAGAUUUGGGAACAAAACUCGAUGAAGCCAUCGAAAAAAUUGCAAUUCUCGAGAGUGAACUCUACGAGAGACAAGUUGCAGCUGAGGAAAUGCAUCGACUACGCGAAGAACAGAUUCGGACGGCCCAAGAGAGACCCAGACUCAUUGUCGAACCGUUGAGAAAUGAUCCAGAGAUUCUGCCAGAUGAACCGUCGCCUGGACCCUCUAAAGAUGGUUUCAGAAUGAGUAUCGACGAUGUGCAUAUGGAAGAUGUGCAAAUGGAGGAAACGAUCACAAAAAUCGACGAAGUUUGCAUUGAUGACAACAAGAAUGUUCAGGAAAAGAUGAAUCCACGUGUUGCCACUUCGACCGGCGCCGGCGCGUGCAUCAAUCGAAUCGUAAAGGAUCUGAUGACAAAAGUGGAGCGAUUGGAUUCGAUAUUGUCAACGAUUCGCGUGUCGAACUCUUCUAACAACAAUUCCACUCAUUUGACCACUACGCGGGCUUAA